AUGUUUUUCUACGAACGUUUUUGUCAAUGGUUGGGCCAUUUAAAAUUAUCUCGAGUUAUUGUUAUGGUUUCAGUGAUACUUUUUGUGGUGCCACUUUUUACUCACUAUUAUUUAUCUAAGUAUGAAACAUCAUCCAUCUCCUUAGGGAGUAGUUCUGUGAGACAUACUUUGGAAGCUCUUGGAGAUAUUUCAACAAUGAAUGUUGUUGAUCUUAAGCUGAGAAUUGAAGAAAUGCUUAGAAUUAAAGCUUCUGUGUCGACUGAACUCAGAGAAUUGGAAGAAAAACGCGGCAGAUUACAACGGGAGGCUGCAGCUGCAAGCGCUAAGGCCGAUAAUGUCAAGGCCGAAUAUGCGCGGGCGACAGCAGAAUUACAGCGGCUUCGCGUCUCUGCAGACCAAGCUCGGCUUGCGCAAUUAGAGGCUAUACGUCGUGAUACUCCUGAACUAGCUCCCCCUGCUCAAAUACUUCCGUCUCAACCACCAUCAAUUCUUCCAUCUAUAAAACCUUCCGCCGAAAUACACUGCCGUAUGCAUUCCUGUUUCGAUUACUCCCGUUGCUCCUUGACGUCCGGUUUUCCCAUUUACUUUUAUGAUCCUGAUAUUUUCUCACCUUUGGCUGGUGCUGAAGUGGAUGGCUUUCUUAAGACUACAUUGCGUCAGACGCUCGGUUACAAUGCUCAUCUUACGCAAAACCCCAGCGUAGCGUGCUUGUAUAUUGUUCUGGUCGGAGAAUCAUUCCCUUUUGAAAAAUCUGUUUUACCAUCAACAGAACCUUACAAAUUGAUGUUGAAUGAGACAGCAAUAAAGACUUUACCAUACUGGGGAGGAGAUGGCCGUAAUCAUGUAUUACUAAAUUUAGCUAGACGGGAGUUGUCAGUUGGGUCGGGUGAUGGUUUUACUGGAGUCUCGAUUGGAAGGGCAAUGAUUGCACAGUCUACAUACAAGUUAGAUCAAUUUCGUCCAGAAUUUGACUUGGUGACACCGCCCGCUCUCGGUCCGCCAGGCGGAGAUGUAUGGGCUGAUUGUGCGCCUAUUGCGCCGGCCAGACGGAAGUAUCUUCUCAGUUUUCAGGGUUCUCAAUCAACGACGAAUUCGAUUAACCGAGACAACGACACGUUUUUAAUAGAUGUCCUCCAAAAAAUGGCCAGUGCUGGCCCUGCGUCUGAUUUAUUCUAUUUGCAAUUCGAAUGUGAUCCGCCUGUUGAAAAGCACGCGAUUAUACCCAUUGGUGAUUGGGCAUUAUGUGGAACUGACAGAUCAAGACGAUCAGUAUUAAAAGAUUCAACUUUUGUAUUAAUACUGGCCCCCGGAGACAGUAGUUACACUACAACAGCAUUACUACAAGCAAGGCUUUAUGAAGCUUUACGUUCUGGAGCUAUACCGGUGCUUCUCGGUGGGGAUAGAAUUCGAUUACCAUAUGACGAAGUACUUGAUUGGCGUCGCGCAGUUCUAUCUUUGCCAAAGGCGCGCGUUACAGAACUGCACUUUUUGUUGCGAGCGUUAUCAGAUUCCGAUUUGUUAGCGUUUCGAAGACAGGGGAGAGUAUUAUGGGAACGAUAUUUGAGUUCAGUGCAAGCUAAUAUAGAUUCAUUGCUGGCAACGAUUAGAACGCGGCUUAAUAUACCAGCGCUUCCUGCUUCGCCGAUUAUGGGUACUCCUGCAUUCAACGACUCGUUCUCCCCGCCUAAACUUGAACCGCCAGCAGUAGACACAGAGCCCGAAGAAACUUUGGGUCCACUAGAAGCCCCUUAUCCAAGUCCAGCAUAUCGACGGAAUUACUCAUUGUCAUUACUGCAUGGUUACGAGAUGUGGAAUGAGUGGGGUGAACCAUUUUCUCUUUACCCGCAAUUACCAUGGGAUCCCCCAGUGACAUCCGAGGCGAGGUUUAUGGGCUCUGCGGCGGGUUUCAGACCUAUUGGUGCUGGAGCUGGUGGUUCGGGCAAAGAAUUCAGCGAAGCUUUGGGCGGAGAUCGACCUAGGGAGCAAUUCACCAUCGUCAUACUUACGUAUGAGCGAGAAUCAGUGCUAGCAGCAGCGCUAGCUCGCCUUCGCGGAUUACCUUAUUUAAAUAAGGUGGUAGUGGUGUGGAAUGGUGUGACGCCGCCGACGCCGGCGCUGGCGUGGCCGGACUGCGGGGCGCCGGUAGCCGUGGUGCGCGCCUCGCGGAACUCGCUUAACAACAGAUUCCUUCCUUAUAACCUUAUCGAGACCGAAGCUGUGCUAUGCGUUGACGAUGACGCCCAUCUCAGACACGACGAGAUCGUGUUUGCGUUUAGAGUUUGGCGGGAGCAUCGCGAUAGAAUUGUCGGAUUCCCUGGGCGGUACCACGCAUGGGAUCUCAAUUUUAAUAAUGGAUUCCUCUAUAACUCAAACUACAGCUGCGAGCUGAGCAUGGUGCUGACGGGCGCGGCGUUCGUGCACCGCUACUUCCUGUGGGCCUACUGGCGCGCGCUGCCCGCCGCCGUGCGCGACUACGUCGACCACUACAUGAACUGCGAGGACAUCGCCAUGAACUUUCUCGUCGCGCACAUCACCAGGAAGCCGCCGGUCAAGGUGACAUCACGAUGGACCUUUCGAUGCCCGGGCUGUCCGGUUACUUUAUCUGCAGAUGAAACGCAUUUUCAUGAGCGACAUAAAUGCAUACAGUUUUUUUCUCAGGUUAUGGGCUACACACCUCUGCUGUCAACACAGUUCAGAGCCGACUCCGUUCUCUUCAAGACGCGGAUACCUCACGAUAAGCAGAAAUGUUUCAAGUUUAUAUGA